AUGAAAGUCCAACAGGGACCAUCAACAAGUAAGGUGGGAUUAAUAGCUGGAUUAGUUGUUGCUGUACUUUCUGUUUCGAGUAUCGCUGUUUUUUUUUAUUUUUGGUGGGGCACCAAACACAAAAAACAUGAAGUGGGAUAUGAUGCAGAGAUGAACAACGAUUUCGAACAAGGUACUGGACCAAAAAGAUUUUCUUACAACGAAAUUUUCCAGGCAACUGAUGGUUUUGCAGAGAUAAACAAGAUUGGGGAGGGAGGUUUUGGAGGGGUUUAUAAAGGUUUUUUGAAAGAUCUAGAUACCUAUGUCGCGGUCAAAAGGGUGUCCAAGACUUCUGAACAGGGGAUCAGGGAGUAUACUGCAGAAGUUAAAAUAAUUAGCCGACUCAGACACAAAAAUCUGGUGGAACUCAAGGGCUGGUGCCAUGAAAAAAGCGAGUUGCUGCUUAUUUACGAGUUUAUGGAAAACGGCAGCUUAGAUUUACAUCUCUUUAAGAAGAAAAGCUUGUUGACGUGGGACAAGAGGAAAAGAAUUGCAUAUGGCCUGGCCUCUGUUUUGUCGUAUAUUCAUGAAGACUGCAAGGAAUGUAUUUUGCACAGAGAUGUCAAAUCAAGCAAUGUUAUGUUGGACUCAAAUUUUGAUGCAAAACUUGGUGAUUUUGGGUUAGCUAAGUUGGUUGACCAUGACAAAAGCUCUAAGACAACCAGGUUGGCUGGGACAUUGGGUUACAUCGCUCCAGAAUGUAUGAUCACUGGCAAAGCAAACAAAGAAUCUGAUGUAUUUAGCUUUGGAGUUGUUACUCUUGAAAUAGCUUGUGGGCGAAAAUCCAUCGAGAAUAAGGCUCAGGAAAGACAAGUAAAUUUAGUAGAAUGGGUUUGGGAUCUCUAUGGGACUGGGAGUAUUCUAGAAGCAGUUGAUCCGUCACUCGGCUUAGACAACACAGAAGAAAUUGAGCGGCUGUUGAUCGUUGGGUUAUGGUGUGCACACCCUCAUGCAAACCUACGCCCAUCAAUGAGGCAAGCCAAUCAAGUAUUGAACUCUGAAGCUUCCCUGCCUAUACUCCCACCAAAGAUGCCGAAAAUUACUUUUUACUCCCCUCCAACUCUUUCUGAAUUGGGUGAAAGUUCUUCAGGUACGUCGGGUGUUAACACAGUUCCCUCAAAGCUCACCACAUCAUCAACAACUUCUUCUCCAGCUGCGUUGCUCUUUAGUUAA